AUGACUCCUGCCGUUCUCUUCAGUGCUGAGGCACAUGUCGCUGAGCCAGAACUCUCGGUGCGCAUCUUAAAACUUGUUGAAUCUAUAAUAGAGAAGCUAUCUGUGCACCACCUCACGUCAGAGAAGAGCCUGGGAACUAAUCUUGACUCGUUUAUUUGUUAUAUGAUUGCUGUAACAAGCUACGUUCUUUUCCAAUAUGGGGACUUAUCUGUACUCAGCUCCCUCUUGACGCACGCCUUAUCAAUCUUAACUUCGUUAAUUCCAGGCACUUGCACUGUUCCACAGAGUAUUGUCGAACCUCUUGUAACGGAGAUUCUGACACUUGUGGCCAACAUCUUGACCAGUGGCCAGCAUGCUACCGCAAAUGAAGGAUCAGUGUACGCCCUUCUCGCAGGUUCAUGGCGCUGCUUAUCGCAUAUCUUCUCUGUCUAUCAAAUGGAGUUAGAUAGUGCACUAGACACAGCACGGGAUCUUGCGUGUAGAACUAUAUUGACUGAUCUGUCGUCGACGGUCACAUGUACAGAAGUAGCGACUAUCUGUGGAACCGUAGGUGCUCGUUUUCUAAAUGCGUUGCCAAAAGACCCCAGUGGGCCCUUUGGAGCAUACAUAACAGGCCCCCUAUCGAUUCUACAAACAAUUCUGAACCAUCGGAACAUGCAAACAAGCGACUUGGCCGCUAACUCCUUCUUUUGUAAUCAAGCUGUAUCUGCCGUGAUAUCAGACCUGAUUAUUCACGGUUGUUGCCUGGACAAGUAUGAUCUCCACGAGUGGAUGACGUCUCCGUUUAACGGGGCCCUCGUAGACGUCUCUGGAGGGAAGACCAAUGAGUGUUGUGACUUCGUGGUUGAGUGUUUCUUUGGUUUCCAAGGACUCCUCAUAAAGACUUUCAUGACGACGUUUACCACGGCAGUUACGGCCUUCAGCGCUCUUUCAGAGGAAUCCACAGAGUACUUUGCAGCGUCAUUGACCCUAGACAGUGUCUUGACUGUCUUUGGGGCUAUAUGGCCCAGUCUCACCAUAGACGUUGAGCACCUUGGGGCCGAUAGCUAUGGGGAAAGAGGUACAGAAAAAGAACAUGGGACGCCAUUUCUUUUUGAAGACGCAUACGGUAUCUUUGAUUCGUUAUUUAGGGUGUGUAGUCUCGUUCUUAAGAGGCCGCUCUAUUGUCCCCUGACAGUAGGUCAGCCGGCGUCACUGGGUAAUCUUCUCUUUCUGCGUCGGCUAGCGCUCCUUUUGACCUACGUUAGCGCGGCUAUUUUGCCCGAGUUUGUCGAUUCCUGUUUUAGCCUAUUGCUUUGUUUUCUUCAGGCUCCUAUGCUCACUACAUCGUCACCCACUGAGGCAGGGCCCCUCGAGGCCUACAUGGGACUGCAAGUUCUGGCUGCAAAUGCGAUUUCUACCAUAGUCACAGACAUGAGCUCAGCCGAUGCACAAAGAGAGGCGCUGCUGUCAAGUAACCAUACUCUUAGUAUCUUAAUUGCUGGAAUAGAUAUUCUGACUGCUGUAUUUUCAGAUAGUUCCCGUCUUCCUUCUGAUGGAUACCUUGAUGUGCACACAAGAUUGGUCGAGAGUCUCCUGUCUUUUCUGAAUAGCGAGCAGGAUAACAUGAAAUUGGAGCGGUCGUUUUUCUCUUCAUUGACCUCAUCACUAGGGUCUUUAGUUGUAACAGCAUCAAAAUUCUUUGACCGGAGCUCAGCGCUUCGCAGAUUGCUCAAUUGUUACAGAGAGAUCUUAUUAAUACACAUUUAUGCCCUCAAUUCAGAGUGCGAGGCUGACCUAUCAGCCUCUCUAGAACUUUUUAGACUUAUCUACCCUGUGUACAUGGAUACAAUCCUGCCCCUCAUUAACAGUGUCUUAAUAGACUCAGCUCUAGAGAUCGUUAGGGCUGUUCUGAACCUUCUGAACCUGUUUCCUCUAGUGGACAACUCUAAGGACUGCCUGGAAGCAACUGCUCUAGUUUUGUUUAAGUUGGUGUCCGUGACAAGGCAAUCGGUGAGCUCUAGAGAGCUCGUGUACACACAUACAACCGUAACGAAUCUGAUUAUUACCAUGAUACAGCUAUAUCCAAAGUAUAUGGUGAUGGAAGGGCAAGCAGUCACAGCUAGUUUUCUUUCUUACCUCUUUAGCUUCACGGAAGAUUGUGGAGACAUCAAUGGCUUUUAUCAAGCCUUCUCCAUUCUUAUAGAGUCACUUGUUGAUGUUGGCGAGUUAGCGCAGGUACUCUAUAAGGGUGCCCAGUUCACUAGCGACCUUUCAAGGAUUCGACAGUUUAUGGAUCGAUAUGCAUACCUUCCAUCGGAUACGCCCCUGAUACAGAUUGAUUCUCUGAUAGCCAUGGAGCUUCCUAUAUCCGCUAUCCUUAUCUAUCUCUCAAUUCGCUGUGCUUACACAAGCAUCACUGCAGAUUCACAUCGGGACAUAUUACUGCGAGCGUACUGCUAUGCUGCCCCCCUUGUUUACGCAACGGAUACCUGCGUGAGUGUCCUGGGGAACGCAGAUGCCUUCCUUACGGGGCUUUUUGAUUUCGUCUGCAAUCUGCUCCCAUGUCUUGGCGACGCAUUAUUUAGUAAGAGGAUAGCCACAGUCCUCCAGAUAUUUAUCACCUUAGACAGUUACAACGGGCCUCAGGCAUCCAGUAUUCAUACUGUACUCAACCGUUGCAUGCCACAGCUCGCACAGACUAUUCAGCAGUUCAAGCACUUCAACAGGGAUGAAGCAGACCCCACCUACACAGCCAUCGUGCGGGCCCUGGAAAGUCUGGUCGACAGACGAAUGGAAAAGUAA